AUUUUUCUUCCUUCCUGUUUUGAUUAGUAAUCCAAUUGAAUUCGGUAAACCUUUCUGGACUAAAACCGAUUUGGGUAGUUGUAAUUACCAAACUAUGGCUUCAGAAGAUUUUAAUCUUGAAAAAUUGGAGAAACUUUUUGCUAAAUGUAAAGAUGGGGAUCUUAUUUUAAUGGACGCUUACGUCGAUGCCUACGAAGAACUGAGCAAGUUAUUUUCCAUUCUGGGGUCAGUGUUUGGAUUUGUUACAUCAGAUGUGGUUGAAAAAAUUGGCAUUCUUCGAGAAUAUCGGAACAGUGAGGUCUCGGAGAAAUACAUUACCAUACAAAGCAUGAUUCAACAUGAAGUAGAAACAAAAACUACUAACAGCAAAAAGAAAGCUUCAGGAGCGAGAACUCUACUGCGACUUCACAGAGCCUUGGAAUUUACAGCUCGCCUCAUGAUGGAUCUAAAAACUGCUGACGACCAUGAAAAGAUGUCCCACAUCACAAAGACGGCAUACGACGACACAUUGGCUCAUCAUCAUCCCUGGCUUAUACGAAAAGGUGUGCACGUUGCAGUGUACACUCUACCCACUAGAAAACACUUCCUGGAAAAACUAAAAAUGGAUGAUGCUGAAAAGGCCAAGGACUUACUGGCAAAGGUGUCUGAUUAUCAGAAGGAAAUAUUUGUCAUUACGGAGAGUAUCUAUACAAAGGAGAAACUACACGAUUUACCUUAAUUUAUGUAGUGAUUUUGAAUUGUUAAAUCCUAUCUGUGAUUUUUUUUACUUUUACAUCUUUUUGUGCAAUUUUGAGUAUGUAUUUUCCAUGUAAUUUAUACAGCACUUUGUGACAAGAUCUUUCUCCUAGCCUUUAGUUGUUUCAUGUUUUUAAAUCUUUUGUUUAUGUGUAUUGAAACCAGAUAAUACAAUCUGCUUUCUUGUACAACAUACUGAUAUGUAGUUUACAAAUCCGUACAAUUAACCUCAGCCAAUCUUAUCAAUAUUCUUGACAUUUGCUUUAUAGGUAUAGUACUUGCAAUGUAACUUUUAUACCAGAAAUUAUAGGAAAUGCAUUCCAGAAGCUUAAAGAAUGAAAUACCUAUUGGAUAAAGAAAUUGCUUCAAUAAUGCUUGUAGCUUCUAUUAUAGAAGUGGAAAUGAUGCUGUGGUACUUGUUGAAUUUUAGUUGCACAAGAACAAUAUAAAUUUGUACAUGAGGUUUGUUUGCGAGUAAAGGCAUUGAUCAUUGGUCAAGGAAAAUCUUCAUUCUUCAAUUGUUGAUGUUGUCCUGUUUACAACUAUGUUAAAAUCUAUCCUUUGGUGUUAUUGCACAGGAUUUUGAAGGGUACAAUGUUAUCUUGUUAACCAGACUUGAUGUUUACAACUCUAAUAAAAUUUACAGUGAAAUAAUAUUCUUUUUGUAU